AUUUUAAUUUACUCUUCCUCCACAGUCGUCCUCUCUCCCCCUCGCCUACUAUCGGAGAAAGAUCCCAAAACCUAAUCCCUCCAUGGAAGACGGCGACGGCGGCCUGAGCUUCGACUUCGAGGGCGGCCUCGACUCCGCCCCGGCGGUCGGGGGCCCCGUGCCGUCCUCCGCGGACCCUGGCGUGGGCGGCGGCGGAGGCGGCGAUGGUCCGGGCAUGCACGGCCGCGGCCGCGGCCGCGGGAGCUACCGCCAGACGGUGUGCCGGCACUGGCUGCGCGGGCUCUGCAUGAAGGGCGACGCGUGCGGGUUCCUGCACCAGUUCGACAAGGCCCGCAUGCCCGUCUGCCGCUUCUUCCGGGACUUCGGCGAGUGCCGCGAGCCCGACUGCGCCUAUAAGCACUCUUACGACGACGUCAAGGAGUGCAACAUGUACAAGAUGGGGUUUUGUCCCAAUGGCCCUAAUUGCCGGUACAAACAUGUCAAGCUACCUGGGCCACCGCCUCCUGUUGAGGAAGUUCUACAGAAGAUUUUGCAGAUGCGCUCUUUCAACAGAUACGGUCCGAAUAGAAACAAUAACUAUAAUCAGCAGGGUGAGAGACCUCAACAUCCACAGGGUUCUGGGUUGCCUAACCAAAAUGCGGCAGAAAAUGCUACUGCUACGGCUCCACCAACUGGUGGACAACAAGCACCAAUGGCGAAUCAACAGCCUCCACAGCAGCAGCACAAGCCGAAUACAAAUGACCAGGUCCAAGGUGCUUCAAAUGGCAAUCAAACUACUAGAAUCGCAACACCGCUUCCACAAGGGCCAUCUAGGUACUUCAUUGUUAAAAGUUGCAAUCGAGAGAAUCUGGAAAUAUCAGUUCAGCAGGGAAUUUGGGCCACUCAGAGGAGUAAUGAAGCUAAACUUAAUGAAGCGUUUGAAUCCACUGAGAAUGUUAUUUUAAUAUUCUCAAUCAAUAGAACUCGCCAUUUCCAGGGGUGUGCAAAGAUGACUUCUAGAAUUGGUGGCUACAUUGGUGGCGGAAAUUGGAAAUCUGCUCAUGGAACAGCACAUUAUGGUCGGAACUUCUCUAUGCAGUGGCUUAAGCUCUGUGAACUAUCAUUUCAGAAAACUCAUCAUCUCCGCAAUCCAUACAAUGAUAAUCUCCCAGUUAAGAUCAGCAGAGAUUGCCAGGAACUAGAACCUUUCAUUGGUGAGCAGUUGGCUUCCCUGCUUUAUCUAGAACCAGACAGUGAACUUACGGCUAUGCUAAUUGCAGCAGAGGCUAAGAGAGAAGAGGAAAAGGCAAAGGGAGUCAGUGCUGACGAGGCAGCUGAUAAUCAAGAUAUCGUGCUGUUUGAUGACAAUGAAGAAGAGGAGGAAGAGGAAAGUGAGGAGGAGGAAGAAGGCAAUGGCCAAGAGUCUCAAGGGAGGGGAAGAGGAAGAGGGAUGAUGUGGCCACCUCAAAUGCCAAUGAUGCGUGGGCCAAUGAUGGGAGGGCGUUUUCCUCCCAACAUGAUUGGCGACGGCUUUGGUUUUGGUGGCGGCUUUGGCAUGCCCGAUCCUUUCGGCAUGCCGCGUGGUUUCCCGCCCUUUGGCGGCCCAAGGUUCCCUGUUGACUUUGCUAGAGGCCCUAUGCCUGGUAUGGCCUUCCCGGGCAGGCCUCCGCAGCCUUUCCCCCUAGGCCUUGACAUGAUGAUGGGCCCCGGCCGUGGCCCGAUGAUGGGAGGCAUGGGAAUGGGCGGGCCUGGACGGCCUAACCGCCCCAUGGGUAUGGCGCCUUUCAUGCCCCCUCCACCUCCGAACAACCGCCUCAGCAAGCGGGAGCAGAGAAGGCCGGGUGGCGACCGUGGUGAUAGGUUCGAGACGGCAUCAGAUCAGGGGAGCAGAGGCCACGAGAACACUGGGAACUCCGGAGCUGAGGCAGCCAGAUCGCAGUCCGGUGACAGGUACGGCAGAAACACCCUCCGGGACGAUGACAGUGAGAGCGAAGAGGAAGCAGCCCCAAGGCGGUCAAGGAAACGGUAGAGCUAUGCGGAGGAGCUGAACUCCAUGCUGUUACCUGAUAGAAGAGCGCUACCUGUGAAACACAGCCGAUGAAGUCUAAAAUAGAUUAUCUUUAGUAUCUUAUAAGGAUUAUAUUAGAACCGAAGUAGUGAAAGAUGUGGAUUGUGUGCAACUGCAUGCUGUGAUGUAUUUUUGCUCAGGCGGCAAAGACGGAAGCCUAUAUUUUGGCAGGCUGAGAUAAUUCCUGUGGUGUAUCACAGUAUCAGUCAGAAAUUUGUACAAUAACAAUGUCAUAGAUCAUCUCACUUGUUUUUUUAAUGAAUCUGUGCCUAUCAUAAUAAUGUACCCA